CCUGGGGCACGCGCACUGCUGGGAAAUGAAGAGAGAGGGGGAGAAAGGGAGGAGAGGGUGGAGGUGGAGAGGACAGGCGAGACUGGGACAAAGAGGGACAACGGGAGACGAUGGAGUGAAAGCGGGAAGAAGAGCGACCGGGAAGACGGGGGCUUUUUAAAGGGGGUUCUGACAAGGAGGACAAUGUCCUGAUAAAGAGCCAAUGAAGCGAAGGACAAGAGGACGGAGACGAGGAAAGAUGGAGAAGGAAAGCAAAGACUUUUUGGCGCUCUGAAUGUCAAAAAACCCUGAAAAAUCUAGAAGAUCACCGUUCUUCAGCUGAGUUUUGGCUGGAGAAGAAGACAGAGAGAAAAAGAUGAAAGGACAGACGUCUGACGAGUUCCUCUGUCGAGUUCAGAUGUAAUCUGUCUGCCAUGGCUGCUAACUUUGAGACAAAUCAAAGUUGAGGACUGUGAUGUUUCAGGGAGGUUCUGCAGCUCCAGAGGAACCAAGAGAACCUCUUCCACCACUUGAAUCCCUUAGAAAAUGUCCAAAGUGUGGAUCUUUUGACUUCUGAAAAGCAACAGAUAAAAGGAAAAAAAGGGUUUGCCAGAGGAUUUUACCAUGGAAGCCUAAUAAAAACGGAAGUGUUGAUCCAGUUCAGGCAUCCUGAGGAACAAAAACAUCCUUUUGCAUAUUUGGGACAAACCUUUCAAAAGGAUUUGUCUUCUGUUGUGAAUAUGCAAAGGUUUCUCGUUGGCUUGUGCGAGGCUGUAGGACUCGUAACAAGGACAGGAUUUUUUUCAAGAUGCAUAUUUUUAAUGCAGCCAACCAGGGUUCUCUUUAGGAAGAAGUAUUGUGCUCUAACGUUCCCAAGAUGCAACAUCCAUCGCGGACAAGAUGAGCUUUAUUUAAAAAAGAAAACUAUGCAAACCGUCUCAGCAUUUCAGCUGACUUUGCUGGCGUUUUAUGAUGCAUUCAGUGCAGCGUAUCUGCUGCAGACCAGCGUGUGACAAUAACCAAGCAGCGCUUUUCCUUUUAUGGCUGCAUUUGGCUCACACCAUUUUCUGAAGAUCUAUCAAAAGGACCUUCACUUUGGAUUUGCAUUAUAGAUCCAGCUUGCACAUCACGGUUGGUCUCUUUUAUUUAUAAGGUUUUUCUGGUGUCUGUCAGGUUCAUCAGGAUGUAGCAGCUUUGCAUUCUAAAGUCCACAAAAGUCCCUGAGGAUCCUCAAACAGACCAGAAGUCAAGCAGCAUGGGACUCAGCUGCUUCAAGUCUUGGAAGCAUGACAGGACAGGCCACAAAGGUAACAGAGACGUGCUGGCCAGCCCGGGUUCCUACUUCUUCCUAUCCAACAGCGCCGGUCAGGGUGAUGAGUGGUUGAAGAGCCUUAACAAGGGAGUCUGGAUCCCUUUUACAGGGGUGUUUGGUCAGCGUUUGGAGGAGACCGUUCUGUAUGAGCGACGCUACGGCGUACGUGUGGUUCCCAUAGUCGUGGAGCAGUGCGUAAACUUCAUCAGGGAGCGGGGUCUAGAGGAGGUGGGCUUGUUUCGGCAACCUGGACGGAACAGUUUGGUCAGAGAACUGCAGGAAGCUUUUGAUUCGGGGGAGAGGCCGUCCUUUGACAGUACCACAGAUGUCCACUCAGUGGCAUCACUGCUGAAGCUCUAUCUCAGACAGCUGCCAGAACCUUUGGUUCCCUACAGUUGCUACCAGAACUUCCUCUUCUGCGCUCAGAAGCUGUCGAGUGAUCGCACACUGGGUAUGAUGGAGUUGAGGAGUCUUCUUCACGAGUUACCGGUUUCCAACUUUAACUUACUCCACUUCAUCUGCCAGUUCCUGAAUGAAGUCCAGUGCUACUCCAGCUGCAAUAAGAUGAGCGUCCAGAACUUAGCAACUGUGUUUGGGCCAAACAUCCUUCGAGCCAAGGCUGAAGACCUGCAAAGCAUCAUGGGAGGUGCAGCUCUAGUCCAGACUUUGAUGUUGGAGCUGAUCAGAGAAAACGAGUCCCUGUUUGCUAAGGUUCCUCCACCCAUCAGAACACGGCAGGCCGAAGGUUCACGUGCGUCAUCCAGCGCUCUGACGCAGCCUCAUCUUCAGCCGCCGCCCUGCCUUCGACAGCGGUCUCUGCCUCUCAUCACAGACAGCUCUGAUGAAGAUGGACACUCAAACAACUCCAGCUGCAUCUUCUCUCCAGCAGUCAAGUUAGACUUUUCCUCUGGUCAGAAGAGGCGUCUUGGUCAUCGACACACUUCGUCUCAGCCCGAGAACUGUAUUUACCCCCCACUGUCCUGUAGUCAGCCUCUUCAACACACUUCUGCCAGAAACGACGUGGAUUUAUGCCAGCAUCACGACGGUCAGGGACCAUCUCAUCUCCUUCAAGCUGCCAAAUCCAACCUGCAGCUACAUGACCAGGAGCCAGACGGCUCUGUGUCCGCCGGGCUCAAAGGUUGGGAAAAGGCUUGGUCAGGUCUUCAAGAGGAGGAGAUGGGUGUAGUGCCUGAGGCAGCCAGUGGGGGCAGCAGUGAGGCACAGGAGGACAGCACCCCCUCUGCCUAUGACAAUCUGGAUAGAGCCUCUCUGGAUCCACCAAUGGAGAUCGCCACAUGUGCAACCAACUUCUCAGAAGGCCAUGUUGGAACUUCUGCACUAGAAGUUGAAAAACCGGAGACAAAGCAAUCGACUCCGUGGUCGUCUGCAGAGAUUUUACCAUUUGAUGAGAGCAGUGAAGAUGUGGAGGCAGACACUCCUGGUUUGUCACCAAAGAAACCCAAAGAAUUCUCCUCGUGUGAGAAACCAGAAAAAACUGAAGAUCUUCACAACGACACGCCCCACCCAAAUUCUCCGGCCUCCUGUUCUGCUCUUAGCGACAGUCCUCUUAGCACAGGAAGCUCAGAGGUGUUUCUCCCCUCUGCUCCUCCAAACCUCCAGGAGGCAGAGCAUCUUUGUGCCAGCAAGGAUACCCACUCCUUGGUGGCAAAGCUGCAGCAGCAGAUGGUCCAGCAGAAAACAGAGUACCAGACACGGAUAGAGAGGUUGGAGCGCUCCAACGACGCCCUGGAGCGGCAGGUCGCCGUCCUGAGGCUCAGUCUGGAGCAGCAGAGGCGGAGCCAAAGCGUCGCCGAGAUUAAAAUCCGCAACAUGGAGCGAGCUAAAGUGGAUGCAGACCACCGGAACAGCAGCCUGCAGAGGGAAAUGGAGCUGUUCUUCCACAUGUACGGAGAAAUAAAACGGAGAACCGACAAAGGGGGAAGAGAGGCUGGAAGCAUCUGAAGAAGAGGGAACAACUACAAAGACUUUCUGGGAUGGGGAAGGGUCACAUUUUGUCCUUGACGGGAUCUUAAACUAAACUUUAUCAUUCUAAUAGGGCGGAUCCAGACUUUCAGAAAGAGCCAGAGUCUGACUGCAGGUUUGCUGAAGUGGCCGUGUUUCACUGGGAUGGAGGGAGAUUUUACAAUGAUACCAAAGCUUUGUCACAGAUCUCAGCUUCCCUGUCUUUAAGGGGUUUCCGUUGUCUUACGGCUGUCUCAAAUCCACAACACUCAGUUCAGAGCUGAAGAAACGUUGUGGGAGGAGUUAUAGAAACCUGUCAACUAAACAGGGACUAAUUGGAAUUAAAAAUGAGAUUGUGGCAGCAGAACAGGCAGGUGAUAACGUUUAGUAAAAUGAAAGAACUACUGCAGUUGUACUCAUAAACGGUCUUCAGACGGUAAAUCAGUCAAGAUUUGUAUCUCAGGUGUUUGAUUUGAGGUCAUUUGACUGAAACUUGUUCGGUCUUUCUGCAUGAGUCACUCCUGAAAAUCUGAUUUUUUUUAAACUUUAGCUCAACUCUGUCACACUUUUUGCUCACGGGUCACUUUGACUGACUGUUUAUCCUAACCUCCACCUUUCCACUCCUAAAGAUAAAAGAACAUUUGAGAAGUUUGAGACAUUUUUAAGCAAUUUAUCAGGCAAAUUUCAACAAAUUCCAGUGAAAAAGAGGUUCUGAAGAAACGUAAAGCCGUCUGUCAUCAAGUCCAUCCAUGUCAGUCACUUUAUGAGUCGAUGACAGAUAUUUCUAUUCGCCUUUGCUCUUCUUCAGCAGCUGCAAAAACACGUUUAGGUUGACAGACUCACAGAUGUUCAGCCUCUAGAAGAGUUUCCAACUUUUUCUUUUAAAUGGACUUGUUGACUUCGUGUUUAGACUGUCCACAUUUCUUCAAACUUCCAACAACUCUGGAGGUCAAACAAAAGAAAUUCAGAUGAGCUGCCAAUAUAAAACUUUUAUCGAAAAAAGAAAAUGUGUUUUCGUCCCAUCACCACAGACUUGAACGAGAAACGUCCUCACCUUCAUUUAUCUGGAGAAAAUGAGCAUGAUUACGUUUUUCCAAUAAAACAUGAAGCCAUUCUUUGAUUA